AUGAUUACUAAGAUUGACCCCUAUCCACGAAAUGGAUCAGGAGCAUAUAACGCUGAAGCAGACGUUCAAACAAAUUUCGUUUCGUCGUCAAUGGAUAACGGGAGAGAUGUUGAAACUUCAUUAUUAACAAAUCACACAAGUAGAGCUUUACCUUCAAAUAAAAUAAGAAAAGCAGAUGCUCAAAAAUCAUGUACCUGCCUUGGACCUCGGGUGUUUUUCGUUACAUUCCUUUUCUUGGCUUUUCUUGUCAUUUGCUCUUUGUAUUUUUACAAUGUCGUCACAGUUUGUUCAUCAAAGGACUGUAUCAUUAGUACAGCUCGUUUACUUUCCAAUUUAGAUGAAAAUAUUGAUCCAUGUACAGAUUUCUAUGAAUAUGCCUGUGGCGCAUGGAUCAACCGAACAGCUAACUUAAACUAUGAUGCUUGGAAUACCUUGUAUUCAGUUACAUUUGCUGCUCAUGAUCGAGUCGUCAGAGCAGUUUUUGAACAUGGUGGUCGAGGCUUACCUCAUAAAUUGAAUAAAGGAGAACAAAGUGUUAUUCGAGUUUUCGAACAAUGUGCUGAUGCUGAAUCGUUGGCUAAGAUUGGUACAAAGCCAGUUAAUGAUUUGAGAAAAAAAUUGGGUGGAUGGAUGCCAGAUCUGGAUAUGCCUCGAUCACGAAGAGAUUUAGACGAACAAUUAUAUGAAUUGGAUGAUGAUGAUCAAUUAUAUAUUUUACUUAAGAAGACACAAGAACGACAUCGUAGACAAUCUAAAUUGAUGGAGCCAUUUGAAGAUCAACUACUUGGAUUUUUCAAUUUAUCCGUAUUUCCGUUAUUCUUUGCGGGAGUUCAAGUAAACUACAAACAGUCGUCAGAAUAUAUAAUAACGAUAUAUGAGCAAGUACCAUUGAUGCCAGAAGCAUCUGUAUACAAAGAGCCGGAACCACAAGUUGAAGAUCUUAUGAAUAACAUGGGACCACAUCAAAUUUUACUAUAUUUAAACACAGUUGGAAGGGAAAUGGCUGAACUAUUUGGAGAGAAUUAUGAAGGCUUCCAAAAGCGAAUAGCGGAAAUGAUAGUUUUAGAAUGGAAAAUUACAAACUGUAGACAACCGCCAUCUGAAUUUUCCAAUUACUAUUAUCAAAUUAUAACAUUAGAUGAACUUCAACGAAGGGCUCCCAUGCUUGACUGGAAGUAUUUCCUAUCUGGCUUGACUAACCAUGAGUUAUCUUCUGAUGAGAAAAUAGCUCUGAAGCCAGGCAUGGCAUGGAUUGAACAAUUAAGUCGAAUCAUUGAAGAAUAUCGUUCAUCAUUUGAAAAGCAAAUGAUCCUUCAGAGCUACAUGAAAUGGAAAGUGUUCGUUUACUUUCUUUCAUAUACACGUCCUCAGUGUGAGAUUCAGCAGCUAUGGAAAUUCUUAACUUACUACUCUGGCCCACGUCAUCUACGUAAAGAGUUCUGUAUUCUAAGACUGUCUGGCAUUUUUCCUCUUUCAUCAGCCUCUCUUCUCAGAAAGAUAGAUGGACCAGAGAAUGUUGAUAAGACACGUCAAAUGGUUUUGGAAAUGGCAGAGUUUGUACGUCAGGAGUUAUAUGGAGAAUGGGAAAAUAGCAAAAAUUUAGACGAAAAAACGAAAAUGAACGUCUUGCAGAAGGUCUUGAACAUGUCCAUCCAUUCGAGCUUUCCUGACAAGGCUCUUGAUAAGGAUGCAAUGGAAGCUGAAUCUUCAAGAGUUGGUGAAACGUUCUUUGAAUCCAUUAAGAUUGGUGCAUCUGCUGUCUAUAAGGAAACUCUCAAACGGUUACGUCAACCUGUUGAUGAGAAAGACUGGAUAGAUACUCGACCAGCAUUAUCUGCAAUUCCUAUCCAUAACUACGAGAGAAACUUGGUACUUGUGCCCAUGGAUGUUCUCAAUCCACCAAUCGCUGAUUAUAAACAAUUAGAUUCACUCAACUAUGGAGCUAUAGGAAGUUUCGUCGGCCAUGAGAUGAGUCAUGCCUUUGAUGCUGAAGGAAAACAACAUGGCCCAACCGGAAAUUUAGAAUGGAACGAAUAUUGGACCGAAAAAUCUGCCCAAAACUAUGAAGAUGUCAUCUCAUGUGUGAUUGAACAUUAUACGAAUAUAUCUGGGAGGGAGCAGGCAAUUGUUUCAAGACGUGAAAAUAUUGCAGACAUCAUGGGAUUAGAGAUUUCCUAUAAGGCGUGGAAAAAACACGGUAGAGAUCGAUGGGUUCAUAGUACUGUUGGUGAUAUAACCCCGGAUCAACGCUUUUUCUUAUCCUUUGCCCAAAGUUGGUGUGCCUUAGAUGGUCCUGGAAUUCAUCAAGCAGUUCAUUCGAAAGAGAGGCAACGGGUCAUGGGUGCUUUGAGUAACUCGAAGUCAUUUUCAAAAGCAUACCAAUGUCCUGUCGGAUCGAGGAUGAAUCCUAAAUCUAAAUGCGAUUUAUGGUAA